CCCGGUCCUGUGCAGUUCCCGCGUUCCCGUCCUUGUCCCGUUGCAACAUGGCCCUGCGGAGGGUGCUGGCGCUGGCGGCAGCCCUGGGGCGCCGCAGCUGCUGCUCCAAGCCCCCGCUGCCCCCCGACUUCGUGCAGGCCCUGAGGGCCGUGGUCGGGGCCCCCAAUGUCUCCACGGCCACCGCGGUGCGGGAGCAGCACGGCCACGAUGAGUCCAUGCACCCCUGUGCCCCCCCGGACGCCGUGGUGUGGCCCCAGGCGGUGGGGCAGGUGCAGGAGCUGGCAGCCCUGUGUCACCGCCGCCGGGUGCCCAUGGUGCCCUUUGGCACUGGCACCGGCCUGGAAGGAGGCGUCAAUGCCGUGCAGGGCGGUGUCUGCUUUGACCUGAGCCGCAUGGACGCCAUCGCAGAGCUGAGCCUCGAGGACUUCUCGGUGACCGUGGAGCCCGGUGUCACCCGCAAGGCCCUCAAUAAGCACCUGCGUGGCACCGGGCUCUGGUUCCCUGUCGACCCUGGGGCAGACGCCUCGCUGUGUGGCAUGGCGGCCACGGGUGCCUCGGGCACCAACGCGGUGCGCUACGGCACCAUGCGCCCCAACGUGCUCAACCUGCGCGUGGUGCUGCCGGACGGGCGCCUGCUGCACACCGCCGGCCCCGGGCGCCAGCCCAGGUGGGCUGGGAGGCCGGGGGGCUGUGCUGGGCUGUUCAUGUGCCACGUGGCCGCCUGCUCACCAGCUCUGUGCAGGAAGCGGGCGGCCGGCUACGACCUGACCUCGCUCUUCGUGGGCUCUGAGGGCACCCUGGGCUUCCUGACUCAGGCCACGCUGCGCCUGCACCCGCUGCCCGAGGCCACUGCUGUCACCAUCGCCUCCUUCCCUGGCGUGGGGGCGGCCGUGGCUUGCACCGUGCAGGUGCUGCAGGCCGCCGUGCCUGUGGCCCGUAUUGAGUUCCUGGAUGAGGUGAUGGCAGAUGCCUGCAGCCGCUUCAGUGGGAUGGGGCUGCCCGUGGCAGCCACGCUCCUCCUGGAGCUGCACGGCUCCCGGCGUAGCCUGGCUGAGCAGCAGCAGCAGAUGGAGGAGAUCGUGCAACAGAACGGCGGCUCCAGCCUGGCCUGGGCAGAAGGGCUGGAGGAGCGCGAGAAGCUCUGGUCCAUGCGCCACAAUGCCUGGUACGCUGCCCUGGCCCUGCGGCCCGGCUGCCAGGGCUACUCCACGGACGUCUGUGUGCCCAUCUCCCGCCUGCCUGACGUGGUGGUGGAGACCAAGCAGGACCUGCAGGCCUCCAGCCUCACCGGACCCAUGGUGGGACAUGUGGGUGAUGGCAACUUCCACUGCAUCCUUGUCUUCAACUCCCAAGACCCGGAGGAGGCCCAGCGCAUCCACGCCUUCACCCAGCGCCUGGGCAGGCGGGCACUGGCAGCCGGGGGCACCUGCACCGGGGAGCACGGUGUGGGGCUGGGCAAGCGGGCACUGCUGCAGGAGGAGCUGGGCCAGGAGGGCCUGGACACCCUGCGCUCCAUCAAGGCUGCACUCGACCCCCACAACCUCAUGAACCCCGGCAAAGUGCUCUGAGGGGGAGCACCAGCACUGAGCUGGCACUGGGGAGCCUCAGCCCCUGGAGUCAAGGCCAGGGCAGCCAUGCUGCCCUGCAGUGCCACUGUGUGUGUCCCUACAAAUUCUCCCAUCCCCACUUCUGGGGAUCAGGGAUUCUCAAACCCCCAAUAAACCCUUUGGACUCACA